AAAGCACGCCACCUGGAAACCCAUCCCGCUCUUGUUGCUCCAGUUCCACCAUCUGCUUGGCUGCCCGCACUUUUAUGCCUUCUUCGUCGCCAGCUCUUCACUCUCAGUCCUGAUUCUGCCUUCACUCAUCUUUCAUCUUCAUGGACGAAACCAACCCCCAAGGUAUCUUCUUCAUCGUUCUCCGGAAAGGCAUCUUCAGUUUCGCGUAGCAUGGCUAAAUCCAGCCAUUCAGUCUCUGCGUUCCAUAGUGGACAUGGUGGCUCAUUUAGCCCAGAUCAUAAUCAUUCUCAGCAUCAGUCAUCUCUUGCUGCUGCUGCCGUCGCCGCAGCGUCCGCUUUGCUCUCUGGCUCUGGUAAACGAACUCCUUUUCAUUCGGAACACCAGCCUCCAUCCGUCGCGCCAGCGCAGAUAAUCUCUUCUAACAAUAGCCAAGGUAAUGGAAAUGACGCCAGUAAUUGUCAGUCUCGGCAUGCAUCCUGCAUUGACAAGGCAGUUUGCAUUGAGGAAUCCAAACGUCAACCUCUCUUGUUGGUUGUCGGUACCAGCACUUCGGCCUGCUGGCUGCGUCGCGAAACUCGUCAUCUCUGCCUCCAAAUUUUAGCAAGUAUUCUUUCUCCUCUCCCUCGAUCGGCUGGUUACUCGACCGACUCAGCUCCUAUGCAAGCAGGUAUUUUUCAGAAACCUUUAUCAUUUGUCAGAGCCUUGUUUCCAUGCUCACAGCUCCUACCACUGCUUCACCAUAUGGAUACAUUCCCACAGAUGUAUUUACCUACUUCUGUAUCUGAUCUUUCUAUUCCGAGCCUAGAUAGUUAUAGACUUUGGUUGAGUCCUCCUUUAUUAAGAUCAGCCGAAUCGAUCUCCAACCCUGUCUCCGAUGCCUUCGCUGCUUGA